UCACUGAUGAUCGACAGCGCACCUCCAACAAUCAGCGGCCUUGCUACCACCAUCAGACCGAUUUCGGCAAGCAAAACCCUAGAGCUAGGGGUUGUUGCCGGCCGUAGAGAGAGAGAGAGGAGAACCGCAAGAAAAUAAUCAAAUACUAAUCAGAUAUGGGAAGCAUUACUUUCCUCGAAACAAGGGAUUUAGUACUUGUUCCCCAAGAAACUUAGGCAUAUAAAUUGAAGCCUCAACCAUCAAAUUAAGCAAACAAAACAAACAAACACAACUCGAUCUCUCCCUACACAAACCAAGUCAGAAGCUAGCGCGAUUAUCAUAAACUUUGAAAAUGGGAGACCUCGCCAAGCAGGACCAGAGCGUCCCCAAGCUCCCCAUCCCGGGGGAGCGAAACAUCCUGAUCACUAGUGCCUUGCCAUAUGUUAACAACGUCCCCCACCUCGGGAACAUCAUUGGCUGCGUCCUGAGCGCCGAUGUCUUUGCUCGGUACUGCCGUCUCCGGGGAUACAAUACCGUCUAUAUCUCCGGGACCGAUGAGUAUGGCACAGCGACGGAGACCAAAGCCAUGGAAGAGAAGUGCAGCCCCCAAGAGAUAUGUGACAAGUAUCACAAAAUCCAUAGGGAGGUUUAUGAGUGGUUCAACAUAAGCUUCGACCAAUUCGGCCGAACUUCCACGCCGCAGCAAACUGAGGUCUGCCAACAAAUCUUCAAGAAAUUGUUGGACAGUGAUCGCCUUGCUGAAAACACAAUCCAGCAGCUCCAUUGUGACUCAUGCAAAAGAUUCUUGGCGGACCGAUUCGUGGAGGGGACAUGCCCUACUCAAGGAUGUUACUAUGAUUCUGCUCGAGGAGACCAAUGUGACAAGUGUGGAAAGCUUUUGAAUCCCACGGAACUGAAAGAUCCUAAAUGCAAGGUAUGCAAGGAAACUCCACGGAUUCGCAAAACAAAUCACUUGUUUCUGGAGCUCCCUUUGCUCAAGGAUAAGUUGGAAGACUACAUCAAUAAGGCAUCAGUGGAAGGGUGUUGGAGUCAGAAUGCGGUUCAAAUCACAAAUGCCUGGCUCAAAGAGGGGCUUAAACAACGUUGCAUUACAAGGGAUCUCAAGUGGGGUGUUCCGGUUCCACACGAUGGCUUCAGGGACAAGGUAUUCUACGUGUGGUUCGAUGCUCCUAUUGGAUACAUCUCCAUUACUAAGUGUCACACUCCUGAUCACUGGGAGAAGUGGUGGAAGAAUCCUGAGGAUGUCGAAUUGUAUCAGUUUAUGGGCAAGGACAAUGUGCCAUUUCACACGGUCAUGUUUCCUUCCGCGCUUCUUGGAACCGGAGAAAAUUGGACACUCAUGAAGAACAUUAGUGUCACUGAAUACUUGAACUAUGAAGAAGGCAAGUUUUCCAAGAGUAGAGGCAUUGGAGUUUUUGGAAACGAUGCAAAAGGAACGGGCAUUCCAGUUGAAGUGUGGCGUUAUUACCUGCUGACUAAUAGGCCUGAGGUAUCAGACACAUUGUUCACCUGGGCCGAUUUACAAGCAAAACUCAAAAGUGAGUUGGUGGGCAAUUUGGGCAACUUCAUCAACAGAGUUUUGAGUUUCGUUGCCAAACCUUCAGCCAAAGGGGGAUACGGUGACACCAUUCCUGAUGCUCCACAUGCAGACUCUGAUGCCUUGACACUUGAAUUAGCCGAAAUAGUUGGUAGAUACGUCGAGCAAUACAUAGAAGCAAUGGAGAAGCUCAAACUAAAGCAAGGGCUGAAAAUAGCCAUGAGCAUUUCUAGCGAGGGGAACGCAUAUCUCCAAGAAUCCAAGUUCUGGAAGCUCUACAAGGAGGACCGACCUCGGUGCUCCAUUGUCAUUAAAACUUCAGUAGGGUUAGUGCAUCUUCUUGCUUGCUUAUUGGAACCUUACAUGCCCUCAUUUUCUGCUAGAGUACUUGAGCAGCUAAACUUGCCUCCUGAGUCGAUCAAAUCCCUUUGUGAUGUCAAUAAAGCAAAACGGCCUUGGGAGAUCGUACCUGAUGGUCACAAGAUUGGACAACCCAAGACAUUGUUCACAACGUUGACCGGCGAAGAAGUCGAAUCUCUGCGGAAAAAGUUUUCUGGAAGCCAAGCUGAUAGGGAAAAACGUACACAAUAAGCUUUUAGUAUAUCUUGAAUUGUCUGAGUUUA